ACGAUAGAGGCGAGCGCGAGCCUUCUCAUACAGUUUCUCGUUGCGUUACUAACUGUGAUUGUGACUUUAUCGCCAGAAUUCGUGCGUACGCCGGAGCGAUCGUGUGCAUCUUUUCGCGUGAGGAACACUGAGAGUCGAAGCGAUGAGCGAUCCGAAGAGUGGUGAAGAUUUGGCGACGGCCAUCCUUCGUAAGAAGGACAGGCCAAACAGACUGCUGGUAGACGAAGCCAUUGCAGACGACAACUCUGUGGUGGCGCUCUCCCAAGCGAAGAUGGACGAGUUACAGCUGUUUCGUGGAGAUACCGUGCUGCUGAAGGGCAAGAGGCGCAAAGAGACAGUGUGCAUUGUUCUUUCCGACGACACUUGCCCUGAUGAGAAGAUCCGCAUGAAUCGCGUUGUCAGAAAUAAUUUGCGCGUACGUCUGAGCGACGUCGUCUCCGUGCAGGCAUGUCCAGAGGUGAAGUACGGCAAGCGCAUUCACGUACUGCCAAUGGAUGACACCGUGGACGGGCUUACUGGAAACUUAUUUGAAGUAUACCUAAAACCGUACUUUCUGGAGGCGUAUCGUCCCAUCCACAAGGACGACAACUUCAUCGUGCGCGGCGGAAUGCGAGCCGUGGAGUUUAAAGUGGUGGAGACCGACCCGGGACCAUUCUGCAUCGUGGCGCCCGACACGGUGAUACAUUGCGAAGGUGAUCCGAUUAAGCGAGAGGAGGAGGAGGAGGCGUUGAACGCCGUGGGCUACGACGACAUCGGCGGUGUCCGCAAGCAGUUGGCGCAGAUCAAGGAGAUGGUGGAGUUGCCGCUGCGCCAUCCGUCUCUGUUCAAAGCUAUCGGCGUUAAGCCGCCUCGCGGGAUACUGCUGUACGGGCCACCGGGAACGGGAAAGACCCUCAUCGCCCGCGCCGUGGCGAAUGAAACUGGAGCAUUCUUUUUCCUCAUAAACGGUCCGGAAAUUAUGAGCAAGCUGGCCGGCGAGUCCGAGAGCAAUCUGCGGAAGGCGUUCGAGGAAGCUGAGAAAAAUUCUCCGGCCAUCAUAUUCAUCGACGAGCUCGAUGCUAUCGCGCCAAAGCGUGAAAAGACGCACGGUGAGGUGGAAAGACGCAUCGUGUCGCAACUGUUGACACUGAUGGACGGCAUGAAGCAGAGUUCCCACGUGAUCGUAAUGGCAGCUACCAAUCGGCCGAACAGCAUCGAUGGGGCACUGCGUCGCUUCGGGCGCUUCGACAGAGAGAUCGACAUCGGCAUACCGGACGCCACCGGUCGCCUGGAGAUCCUGAGAAUCCACACGAAGAACAUGAAGCUCGCCGACGACGUUGAUUUGGAAGAGAUCGCGGCGGAAACUCAUGGACACGUUGGAGCUGAUCUGGCGUCUUUGUGCUCCGAGGCGGCUCUCCAACAAAUUCGUGAGAAGAUGGAUCUCAUUGAUCUGGAGGACGAUCAUAUAGAUGCGGAGGUGCUGUCUUCUCUAGCUGUGACCAUGGAGAACUUCAAGUACGCGAUGACGAAGAGCAGUCCGAGCGCGUUGCGCGAAACGAUCGUGGAGGUGCCGACGGUCACCUGGGACGACAUCGGAGGCUUGCAGAACGUCAAGAUGGAGCUGCAAGAAUUGGUGCAGUAUCCAGUGGAGCAUCCGGAUAAAUUCUUGAAAUUCGGCAUGCAACCGUCAAGAGGUGUGCUGUUUUACGGUCCACCCGGUUGUGGUAAGACUUUGUUGGCUAAAGCGAUCGCCAACGAGUGCCAAGCGAACUUCAUCUCCGUCAAGGGUCCCGAGCUGUUGACCAUGUGGUUCGGCGAGUCCGAGGCUAACGUUAGGGACGUCUUCGACAAGGCAAGAUCAGCAGCUCCCUGCGUAUUGUUCUUCGACGAACUGGAUUCUAUCGCAAAGUCCCGAGGGGGCACCGUCGGCGACGCUGGCGGCGCGGCGGACCGCGUGAUAAAUCAGAUACUGACGGAGAUGGACGGUAUGGGCGCGAAGAAGAAUGUGUUCAUCAUCGGAGCGACAAAUCGUCCCGACAUCAUCGAUCCGGCCAUUCUGCGACCCGGUAGAUUAGACCAGCUGAUUUACAUACCGUUACCGGACGAGAAGUCCCGGGAAGCGAUAUUCCGCGCUAAUCUCCGCAAGUCGCCCGUAGCGAAGGACGUAGACUUAAGCUACAUAGCCAAGGUCACGCACGGUUUCUCCGGCGCCGAUCUGACAGAGAUCUGCCAGCGUGCAUGCAAGCUUGCCAUCAGACAGUGCAUCGAGACCGAGAUCCGUAGGGAAAAGGAGCGAGCGAGUAACCCAUCCGCAUCCAUGGACAUGGAUGAGGAUGAUCCUGUACCGGAAAUAACGCGAGCCCACUUCGAGGAGGCGAUGAGGUUCGCGCGUCGCUCGGUCUCCGACAACGAUAUUCGCAAGUACGAGAUGUUCGCGCAAACGCUUCAGCAGUCUCGAGGAUUCGGGACUAAUUUCAGGUACGAGCUUCCUUCGAGUAUCGAUGUGCGUGCUACACUUAGGGAAGCGAAGCUAGCCUGCGCGGUUUCGCAGUUUCGCAAAACUGUUUUCAAUACACGUAAUGCGCUCUCAGCCGAGAGUUUUGUUCUAUGUACAGUUUAUCAUUGAAAAAAAUUUGCAUUUGCAGAUUUCCACAAAGUGGAGCGGGCGGUACUCAAGAUACCACGCAAGGCGAUCAAGCCUUCCAAGAUGAUGGAGAUGACGAUCUCUAUAGCUAAGUUCCCUCGUUUCCUUUGUAUGUGUCAUUACAGUGAGCAUACGACAAAAGGGCCUGUCUGUCUGUUAUCACCCAGCGUUUUGCACAGGGAUCGUUUCCGAGCGGCGUUUCCGACCGACCAGAAGAGAGAGUUGUGCAGAAAUGAACGAGAGAUAACGGAAAUUUUGUAUGAGAUGGGUAAAAACUUUGUGUUUGUAGAAAUCGGGGAUCCCCCACUGAUUUAUGUAGUUAAGAAACAUUCGGAUAUAAAAUAAUCAAUCGAACUCCUAUUUUCUGUCACACGAUUAUUUUCGCGUUUAACCGUUUCUGUUGACGGAACUUUUUACGCCUCCUCUGGCGUAUCCCUCGACAUAAAAUUGUAGAUUUCUCUUAAUCAGGAUGGCAGCAUGUAAUUGCUAUAUUGAUUGAUAACCGUAUGCGGGACAGGAAGCAGAUUGUUACAAAAUGAAAAUGAAGAAUAACUGUGAGCUUCACCAGUGAGUGCACGUAUUAUUAUAGAAACGCGCGUACCGACGACGUUUGUCGCAAUUUUUCUACGCAAUUUCUACGUAAUGGGCUUAAGUUGGAAUAGACCCUUUUGCUGUAUCAUCACUAUACUCGCCGAGAAUAUACAUUCUGUUGUUUACACUCACAAAUUGCAGUAAUAUAAAAGUUUAUGCCAUGUCGAUAAGAUUAUCACAAAUUGAUGAUGAUGAUGAUGAUGAUGAUGUAUGUGUCGACGAUUUUACAAAUAUUCCCUUAGUAGUAAAUUAAUCCACAUACACGAC